AUGAGCCGGGUUAGCGUUCAGCUGCUAGCCGAAUGGUCGACCAGCGGCUCUGGAGGAGGAAAGACCUGGUUGGCUACUCUACCCGAGGCACCGCCAGCUAUCGACUGGGCUUACUAUAAGGCCAACGUGGCCAAGGCUGGCUUAGUGGAUGACUUUGAGAAGAAGUUUAAAGCCCUGAAGAUCCCAGUGCCGGAAGAUAAGUUUACUGCCCUGGUGGACGCUGAAGAAAAAGAAGAUGGGAAGAGCUGUGCUGAGUUUGUGUCUCUUUCAAAGACUAGGAUUGGGGAAUACGAGAAACAACUGGAGAAGAUGAGGAACAUUAUUCCAUUUGACCAGAUGACCAUUGAUGACUUCAACGAAGUCUUCCCUGAAACCAAAUUAGACAAGACCAAGUAUCCCUAUUGGCCUCAUCAGCCCAUUGAAAAUUUAUAA